UUAAAAAAAAUUUUUAAUUAUCAAAUAUCUGCUAAAUUAAUUUUAAUUUACAACAAUUAAUAAAUAAAAGAAAAAAUGGAUCCAGAACUCCAAAAAAUGUAUCAACUCCAGCCACUGACAGCUUCUUUAUCAGACUUACAAGGAAAGUGCGCUUUCCAGCAGGCUUCUCCGAGGAAAAGACACCCCAGAAUAGCAGAAAUAAACUCCGGUGACAGACCAGGUAUUUCUGCAUUGACCAAUCCUGACAAACGUCGCCGGGAGGAGCUUAGAAUAAAAUCCCGGGUGAUUAUUGACAGAACUAAGUACAUAGAGCAGUGGCUGCAAGCUCACAAAAGUGUCCAAAAAAAUAAUUUAACCACUUCAAACUGCUCCUCGCCUUCCUCGGUGUCUUCGUCAAUCGUCUACGAGUCGCCGCCUCAAUUAAUAAGAAGCUCCAAGAAGAACCAGCGGUCGCCGCUGAAAGAUUGCAAUCAGCUGAAACGAUUCAAGUCCAAUGAUAGUAAUAGUGAGAAACUUAACGCUCAAAUUAGACUGAAUUACUCACCAGUGAAGAAUAAAGCCAAAGAAAACCAGAUUAUUAAUAAAUCAUCUCCGAAAAAAGUCUCCAAACACAAGAAGAAUAUUGUUGAUCAAUAUGAAGAAAAUUUAAACAUUGAAUCUUGCUUGUCGCCGAUUUCUGUCAACCCAGCUGAUGACAGUCCUUUGGAGAUUAUGGAGCUUAAUUCUCCAGCUCCUUCAUCAUUAUUCCUGGAGUCUGUUCACAGUGACUGCAAUUCGCCGCAGGUUGAAGAAAUCCAGUCGAUUUCCUCGCCUAGAAUUACUCAAGAGUGCAUCAACAUUGAUGAGUCUGACACCAGCGUGGUUUGCGAAGAGAACUUGCCAAAUUUAGACCUGACUAUUCUCAGUGACAGCAAUAAAACAAUCAGUGAUCUCGUUGGAGAUUUAGACGGGUCUCUGGUUGAUAUUGAUGAAAUCCAAUCAGAGCAUUCUCACUCGUGCCGGUCGCUUAAUCACACUAUUGACUCUGAUGAAACUUUUUUUUCAGAGGUUGAAAAUGCCGAUCGCACAGUUGUUGCUAAUAAUAUUGACUGUGAUGAAAAAUCUGAAGAUGAACGGUAUAAAAAAGUUUCAAUCGAUGAAGAAGAUAGUCAGGUCAGUCAUGUGUCUGAAAAUGAGCUGGUGAUCAGCGAAUUUACUUCUCAGUCGGUUACCAAUGCUGACAGCGCCAAGGAAGUGCUCAGUAUUGAGGAGACUAGUGACUUGCAGGAGACAAAAAUUGUAAAAAUAAAUUGUAAAAUUAUUGAAAAUGAGCUUGUUGAAGAAAUGAGCCACAUGUCUUCUCAGAAGAUCUCUCAGGAUUAUCUUACACCUCCUCCGGAGGUUCAAGCCAACUCGACAGACCUGGAUAAUAUUAUUAGCAUCAGUGACUCGCCACCUUCCAGACAAUCCUCUAGGAUAGAACGUGAUACUUUUGUCAGAACUGUUAUUAAGAAAAAGAAGAAGAAGAAACCUAAAAAAGGAUCGCUGGUUGAAAGAUUGCAAACUCUUGUUUCAAGGAAGAUAUCUUCAAUACGAAUUUGGCGGCACCAGAUGUCUCAAGAUCAUCUGAAGACCAAUUCGCCGUGUGUUACUGUUCAGAUAAAUGAAUGCACCUGGCGGUACAGCAGGUACAUUAUUGAUGGACGGAUUAUUAAAGAUGAUAAUGAUUUAAUUGGUAGAUCUGUUAGAGAAAAUUCCUUAUUAGAUAAAAGUGCGACUAUUGAUAGUAAUAAUAAAAAUUUGUCAAGUUCGAUUAAACUGCUGCUAGUUCCAGAGAUAGUUGGUAAAAUUAAUUUUGAGGAUAAAAAUAUUAUUAAAGUAUACCCACCGUGGGAUAUUGUUGACCCAAAUGAGGUUUUUUUAAAUAUUUUUUAUUUUAUUGUCACUGUGGACUCUAAUGUAACUAAUCAUGAAAAUUUAGGGAGUAAAAUGAAACUUGUAAAAGAAUUUAAGUGUCCUUGUUUAAAGGAGAAGAAACUAUCUGAAAGUUGUGAAGAUAAAUUUAAAAGUUCGAAAAUUAAUUUUAUGCAAUAUUUAUUUUUAGGAACAAUGUCGAUAGCACAAGAUCGUCCAGAACUUAAUGAAGAAGUUAAAUUAUACAAAAAUGCAAGAGAAAGAGAAAAGUAUGACAAUCAAGCUGACUUGUAUGCAGUUGUCAACACUUUACAGAACUUGGAAAAAGCUUACAUUCGUGAUUGUGUCACUCCCAAAGAAUAUACAGCAGCUUGCAGUAAACUCCUGGUGCAAUAUCGAGCUGCUUUUAAACAGGUGCAAAGUGAUCAGUUUCCAACAAUAGAUGUCUUCGCAAAAACAUAUCGACUUGAUUGCCCAGCAGCUCUUGAGAGAAUAAAAGAAGACAGACCGAUUACAAUAAAAGAUGACAAGGGAAACACAUCAAAAUGUAUCGCUGAUAUUGUUUCUCUAUUUAUAACUCUGAUGGAUAAAUUGCGCUUGGAUAUCAAAGCUAUGGAUGAACUCCAUCCUGAGCUGCGUGAUCUUGUCGAUACGAUGAAUCGCUUGAGUAUUUUACCGAGUGAUUUUGACGGAAGACAGAGAGUCGCUGAUUGGUUACAGACGUUGAACAAUAUGUCUGCUUCUGAUGAAUUGUCAGAGUCGCAAGUGCGACAAUUAAUAUUUGAUCUUGAAACUUCGUAUAAUGCAUUCACUAAAGUCUUACAUAAUUCUUAAGAAUAAAAAAAAUUAUUUUUUGUAUUUUAAAAUUAUAUUUUUAACCGAUACUCAAAAAUUUUCUGUAAUUACUAAUCACAAUUUAAAAUAUUGAAAUACAGUGAAUAGAAUCAGUAAUUAUCAGUC